AUGGCGCGCCCCACUCUCCUUGCUGCACGUGUCUGCGCCCAGAUGGCGGCGCUGCGCACACUGCUGGGGGUGUGCUCUGUGCUGCUGUCCAACUUCAAGACCACACUGGAAGACGACAGGCAGCUGCUGGACGCGGGCCGCGGCAGCAGCAGCAGCGGCAGCAGAGGGGCCGGUGGGGGCAGUGACGGGCCCGACGAGAAGGCGGAAGCGUCGCAACAGCAGCAGCAGCAGCAGCAGCAGCAGCAGCAGCAGCAGCAGCAGCAGCAGCAACAACAGCAGCAGCAGCCUGAACUGGGGGAGGAGCUGCGCAUCGCCGUCCAGUUCCGCGCCGAGCGCAAGCGCGUGCUGCUGCGAACCAUCAAGGCGCUCAGCAACAGGGUGCGCAUCGUGGCCGGGAUGCAGGGCCUGCGGGAGGGCCCGCCCGCGGCGGCACAGACCAAGAAAGGGGAGCGGCCGCCGCCGGCGACGGCGCGGGGUUUUGCGACCGGCGCGGGAGGCGGCGGGGGCGGACACGGCAAGCCGCGGCGUAGCAAGUAA